ACACUGCCUUUCAGCGUUUACCAGUGACAUCUUCCAGAUUGCUUCCCAUGUCGCGCGUCUCCCCAUUUCCCCAUCUUUCGCACAUUCGAUGGCCCAGUCCCAGUUAUCCUGUCCCUAUGGUGGUGGACCCCCAACGAACACUGAUGUCAGUGGAGUCGGUGUCCGCUUCUCUUUUUACCUCCAGACUCUGUUUCUGAGUCUCCUCUGCGCGCGAUCGAGCGAGAUUAGCGAGAUUAUGAACGCCUUGUACACCUUGAUGUUCACAAACAUGGCAAUGGCAGUGACGGCGCUCAUUCUGGGAUUUGAGGCUCAGCCAGAGAUAAGCUUCCCUGACGGCCUCGUGAUAUCGUACCUGCUCAGCCUCUCCACCCUUGCGAUCGUCGUGUCAUUCCCCGCCUGCGCCAGACACUCCCUCAACGACAAAAAACUGACCGGCUUUUUCAUCCUGCACUGCCUGGCGGUCUUUGGGUGGGGAUUCUCACUUCUGAUUUCCGCACCCACCUUUGGCAACGCACCGUUGUGCAACUCCAACGCCGUGGUGGCAAUCUUCCAUCCCUUCCGAGCCCUGCCGGCGGGGCGUGUCAUAGGACUAUUGGGCGUCUGUCUCGCACUCAUCUUCGUCGUGCUGCUGCUACUGAAAGAUCACAUGGCUUGGGCGGGGACUGUUGUGCCCGUGUGGAUCCUGCGCCGCGUGACAAUACAGAUCUCGGACGGUGCUGGGCAAUCGAUAGAUGCGAUGGAUGGCCCGUAUUCAGUUCCAGUGCAAAUGGGGAGGCGUCAGAACCACGGUCGAGGUUCCGCUCCACUUCGAAGCAGGCAAGGAGCUAGACCAGAACACCACUGGGAGGCAGGAAAUAAGCAAGGGUACGACCUGCAGAUCAUGUGGCCGAUGAUACUCAAUAUGGGUGUCACACUGGUGCUGUGGAUCCCCGCUGUGGUUAACACGGAGCUACUCAUUCGGUGGAAUAACCUGACAUCGGCGGCUGGAAGCUCGUCUUGGCAGUUUGGACAGGUCUUGCCAAUGUUCCUUGUCGUUCUACCACUCAUCGAUUUGAUCAACUCAUUCCGGAAGCACGGUAUUAAAACAAGCCACCGUGCUCUCGAGGUUUCUGCGCCGUAGCUGGUCUAGAUAAUGCGUGCAAUUCAAUCUGUCGUGUCUCAAA